AGACUCGUCAGCGGGGUGCUACACUGGUUAGAGCAUACCAUGAAAACUCUUCUACCACUUGUAACCAUUUUCACGGCUUUCGCGCGUCUUUGUGACGCGGUUGCUGUCGAUGUUGUCUUUCGCGAUAUCGAAAACUCCAAACGUGCUCAGCCACAGGGCAUAGAUGUCUCGGGGUUCCAGCCAAGCGUCAACUGGGCAACCGUUAAGGCAAAUGGAGUGUCUUUUGCUUACAUCAAAGCCACAGAGGGCACGACGUUCAUAAGCUCAACUUUUUCCUCCCAGUACACCGGAGCGACUAACGCCGGUCUCAUCCGUGGUGCCUAUCACUUCGCGCAUCCGGAUAGCAGCUCCGGGGCAACGCAGGCCAAAUUCUUCCUUGCACACGGAGGUGGUUGGAGUGGAGAUGGAAUCACGCUUCCUGGCGCAUUGGAUAUCGAAUACAACCCAAACGGGGCCGAAUGUUAUGGCCUCAGCGCCGCCUCGAUGGUUUCUUGGAUUCAAGACUUCUCCACGACCUACCACUCUGCGACGACUCGCUUCCCAGUUAUCUAUACCACUACGGACUGGUGGACGACGUGCACGGGUAACAGCGCCGCCUUCGCCGCCAACAACCCGCUCUGGAUCGCACGCUACGCCUCAGCCAUUGGGACCCUGCCCGCUGGCUGGAGCUUCACCACCUUCUGGCAGUAUGCCGAUUCGGGUUCGAAUCCGGGCGACCAGGAUCUGUUCAACGGAGAUGCUGCCGGUCUUUCUCGCAUAGCAAAGGGCUGA